CAAUCAUAAUGGUAGGCGCAUCCGUGAAGACUUUCAUUUUCUUGUCGUUGUUAGCAAAUUCAAAUUGACACUGAUCAAAAUGGAUAUGGAAUUGUCAAAAGGAGUUCGCAGAUGUUGUAGUCAUACCCAAGGAGUUUUCAACUUCUAACACAAGGAAUUGCAUUGUAGCGACUAAGGAAUAAAUAUAUUAAGUACUAACACACGAAGAGGUAGGGAAACAAAAACAAAUGUCAUCUAUGAAUUUCUUAUUUCUUUGUUCUAUGUAUAUCUUAUAUAUCCAUGAUAUUCCCAUAUAUUUAUAUAUAUACGUUGAUUAAAAACAGUAAGCUGAUCUGGGCAUGCGCCGGAGACGAUGUUCAAGUGGUUCUUGUGGGCCCUCCGCUGGAAUUCGUGGCUUGGUCGUCGCUUCCUGACUCGCUUUUCUGAUUCUGUACGUCAAUUGCCCGGUAUCUCUAUGCCGAGAGGAUAUUUCUUUGGUGCCUUGUUUAUAUGUUGUAAAAGGUUUCCAUACGCCUCUGUACGAUUAAUCCACUCAAUGAGUAGCCAUCACGAUUUCCGAUCUAUUUCAUGAUAUACUCAGGUCAAUCAUUGCUAUUUCACAUCUUCUGGUGAGACAAACAACGACUAGGCGCGAACACUCCCACGAAGCGAAAAAAGUCACAUCACCAUUCCCGCCUUUGCGCUCGAUCCCAUCGUACAUGUAUGGACCUUUAUUCCCACUGUUUGCAUGAGUCUCUAAAAAAGCCGUGUCAGGACCCUCAGGAACCAU